AUGUCGUCGUCAAAAAGCAGACAAAAUGCCCAAAAAUCACACGAAAUCGACGACGAGAUUACCAAAAGUGCCGAAAUUGCGCGACGAAAGCGUCAACAACUGAGUUUGGAGGAGCUGGCGAAGGAGGUGAAGCAACUGGAGGACUUUAUGAACGUCGGCGAAGAGAUAAUCGAGAAGGAGAAGCAACGUGACCAACAAUUGUACGAUCGGGAGAAGAAACGUUCGAUGGGAUUGGAUUCGGCGGGCGUGAAACGACGUGCGGCACGUUCUUUUGAGAAAAAUCCGACAAUUGAUGCCGACGAGGAGGACACAGCGACACGAAAAACGAUGAAACGCGUCAAAUCCCCGACUUUUAAAGUGAAUUCGGGCAAAAAAAGCACAAAAGAUCGAACGCCGCGACAAAGCCCGUCGAAGGAACUCGUCAAACUGUACUUCAAAAACGGCAAAGUUCGAUGCAUGGAUUGCGACGACUUGAAAUUGAGCUAUAAACAGACCCAGGAUACGGUAAAGAUGAUUUUAAAUCGAGGCGCGGAUGCUCCUUUGGUGUGUGAGGAACGCGUUCGAGCAGCUUUGACGAAUAUCGAGGACCAUUUGCAAGUUUUACGCGUCGAAUCGGGCAUCGUGAACGAAGUCAGCAGCCCCAUUGAGGAAAUAAAAAUGUCUGUGCAGGAAAGCGGCGAAGGCGCACAAAACGAGGAAGCCAGCAACGUCAUCAUGGACCUCCAAAAAAGCAUCGAGGAUCCCGAAAAAGACGAGCAACUCGAAAAUAUCCACGAAUUAGACAAACUCGAGUUAGUCAAGUCCCAAAUGCACCAUUUAGUGGGAAGAUUUUCGCAUCGAGCCUCCCUUAUGCGAAAUCGUUUGCGUCUCCCGCCCACGCCCGUGAGUUCCGCCGGGCAACGUGUCAUGGAAAAACCUCCGCAGCAACCGCUCAAAAUCAUCGAUAGUGCCCUGGAUGAAUGGCAAAAGUCCAAACCCGAUAAAUGGUGGCAAUACUUCUGCAUUCCGAGCUUUUGUGGCGGCGGGCGAUCCGAUGACGUUCUCGAUCCGCAAGGCACAUUUUAUAUUUCGUGGCUUUUCCUUGUCUCUGUCUGCUAUUUGUACAACAUUUGGGUCAUUCCAUUGCGAGCGGCGUUCACGUAUCAGACGCCCGAGAACAUUUGGUAUUGGUUCGGAUUCGAUAUGUUCGCAGACAUUGUCUACUGGCUGGAUGUCGUUUUCGUUAAGCACCGUGUCAUCUUUCUGCACGAAGGAUUUUGGAUACGGGACAAGAGUCAAACGAGAAAAAAUUACUUAGGAAAAUUACAAUUUAAGAUGGACGCUCUUUCGAUGUUACCAAUCGACCUAAUCUUCUUCAUAAUGGGAGACUAUCACGUUUAUGUGUUAUGUCGCUUGUUUCGCCUGUGCAAAUACCAAAGUUUUACGGACUUUUUCAAGUUACUCGACCGCGUUGUGCCUAAUCCCCAUAUUUUACGUGUAAUGAAAACUCUGCUGUACAUGCUCUACAUGAUCCACGUAACGGCUUGUAUUUAUUAUGCCAUUAGUGCCAUUAAAGGAAUCGGCUCCAAUCGAUGGGUUUACAGCGGCGACGGACAUCCGUAUCUCCGCAGCUUUAUCUUUGCCACGAAAACGGCGACGUCAAUUGGCAAGAAUCCAAAACCCCUGACGACGGAUGAGUUUUUGUUCAUGACGGCGGCCUGGUUAAUCGGUGUUUUCGUCUUUGCUGUGCUGAUUGGACAGAUGCGCGAUAUUAUUGCGAAUGCAACGAAAGCCCAAACGGAAUAUCGGCAGUUGGUUGACGAGACGCUCGUGUAUAUGCGAGGUUUGAAUUUGCCAUCGGAUUUUCAGAAACGCGUUACGGAUUGGUUUUCGUUCACGUGGGAGCAACAAAGAACGCUUGAUGACUCGCAGUUGUUUGAAAAGUUGCCGCCGAAUUUGCAAACUGAUAUUGCGCUGGCGGUGCACAUUCAUACGUUGGCAAAAGUGCAACUUUUCGCGGAAUGUGAGGCGGCGUUGUUAAGGGAACUUGUGCUGAAGUUGCAAAGUGUGACGUUCAUUCCGGGCGAUUAUAUUUGCAAGAAGGGCGAUAUCGGGAGAGAAAUGUACAUUAUUAAAACUGGAGCUUUGGAGGUUGUCGGAGGUCCCAUGAACGACAUUGUCCUUGCAACGCUUUACGAAGGCUCCGUUUUCGGCGAAAUCAGUCUUUUAGCUAUUCCCGGUUCAGAUAAUCGAAGAACAGCUUACGUUCGUUCGAAAGGCUUCUCAAAUCUCUUCGUUUUAACAAAAUCCGACUUAAAUGAGGCCCUUGCACUUUAUCCUUCAGCCCAAGAAGUUCUUAAUCGUCGCGCCAAGGAAAUCGUUCAAAAGAACGCUGAACGCGAAAAGGAAGAAGCUCUCAAAAAAGGUCUCAUCCCAACCGGACCUGAUGUCAUUAUCGGAGAUCGCAUUGAUCGACCUCCAUCCCCGAAAUUACUUGAUGCCGUCAUUAAAGCUCUUCCCGAGAACUCGGAAGCAUCAAAACUACUGACUCAAGGUUCAAAAAGGUACAGAAGAAGAAAUGUCGAGGACGAUGUGCAAGUUCUCGUUUUGAAUCCGGCAGUUUUGCUGCGAAGUUAUCCCGACAACAGCGAAGUUGAGGCAGGAAAUCCGGGAAAAAUUGACGUUGAAACAAAACUUCCGGGACAAAUUGAUGAAAACGAGGAUUUUGAAUGCAAAAAUUUAACAGAUUCGCAAAAAUCGUUGCUCUUGAGGUCAGCUUCUAAAGGUUUUGACAUCGAAAAUGGGCUCGACGACGACGAUGGAAGCUCAAAAGAGUUCAAAUGUGACGUCGAAGUACACAAUGAGAAACAGUAA